AACAGGCAGCAGGAAAAUCAGAUGGUGUUCUUCGGGCUUGCGGCGCCUGGUGGUAGACGUAGUAACGUACAACUGCACGUAGCAUCCUCAGCUGUCACUUUUAUCACAUCACAUACAAACGCCUGCUUCUUUUUGUGGAUGCAUAUUAUCAUCAAAUAUCGCUAUGAGUUCUUGACAUCAGAAGGAAUACUCUGUUAACCCGAGCGACAAAAGGAGCCAUGAGUCUUUGCUGGCGAUUAAUGCUAAAAUCACAUUCAGCAGUGUUUGCUGUCCUGAACACACCCCACUGAGUACCCCGAUAUUGUUCAGGGGAAAUAAUGGCUGCACAGGAACCGUCUCCACCAUCUUCCCUGGAAGGCAACAAACCGGGUUUCCCAAAGAAAAUUUUGGCCAACAACCUCGAAGACAAGCAUCUGUGCAAUUCAUGCCAGAAGAUACUGAGAAGGCCCCUGCAGGCCCAGUGUGGUCACCGCUUUUGUUCGUUCUGUUUCAACAAAAUUGUGAGCUCCGGACCACAGAAAUGCAGUGCCUGCAUCAAAGAAGACUUAUUUGAGGAACCCACCUCUAUUCUCAAACAAGGUGGUGCUUUCCCAGACAAUGCAGCUCGGCGAGAAGUAGAGGCCUUGGCGGCUGUCUGUCCCAACGAGGGAUGUACGUGGACGGGGACUAUCAAAGAAUUUGAGGCCGGCCAUGAGGGCAACUGUGACUUCAUGAUCAUCCUGUGUCCUUCCUGUAAAGAGCUGAUGAGAGCCAACGAGCAGGAACGCCACAACGAGAGAGAGUGUCCAGAGAGGACGCUCAACUGCAAAUACUGCAAAGAACCCUUCUUACUGAAGAACAUCAAGGCUCAUGAUGAAAUCUGUCCAAAGUACCCAAUGAUUUGUGAAGGUUGUGCAAAGAAAAAGAUCCCCAGAGAAAAGUAUGUGGACCAUAUUAAGUUCUGCAGUAAAUUUAAAGCACCAUGCAGAUUUCAUGUUGUUGGCUGCGAUACGUCUGUGGAGAAAGAGAAGAUUCAUGACCAUGAGCGCCAGUGUUCCUACGAACACCUCAACCUGCUCCUGCAUUUCAUCAUGGGCAUCAAGGUGAGCCUGGAAAGCCUGCAGCCCCAGAGCCUGGAGGUCGCCAGCCACAAGCUGCAGGAGCUCCACCAGUCCCUCAGGGACCUGGAGCAGAAGAUGAGCCAGCUGGGUGGAGGGGGGGGUGCAGCUCCUGUGCAGGGUGCGUGCGCCCCGACCCUGGCCACCUCCUUCACCCCGCUGCCCAGCGCCAUGGGCGCGGCCCUGGAGUUACAGCUCCAGAGUGAAAAGACCAAAGUGGCGGAGCUGAGCCGGCGCUGCCAGGAGCUGGAGCUCAAAGUGAGCACGUUCGAGAACAUCGUGUGCGUCCUCAACCGAGAGAUGGAGCGUUCCUGCACCACCAUGGAGGCCUACAACCGCCAACACCGACUGGACCAGGACAAGAUCGAGAUCCUCAACAACAAGGUUCGUCAGCUGGAGAGGACGGUGAGUCUCAGAGACCUGUCCAUCGUGGAGAUGGAGGGGAAAAUGAGGGAGAUGUCUGCGGCCACGUACGACGGCAUCUUUGUCUGGAAGAUCUCAGAUUUCACCAAGAAGAGACAGGACGCCGUGGCCGGCCGUGCCCCCGCUAUGUUCUCUCCUGCCUUUUAUACCAGUAAAUACGGCUACAAGAUGUGCCUGCGGAUCUACCUGAACGGCGAUGGGACCGGCCGCGGCACCCACCUGUCUCUGUUCUUUGUGGUGAUGAGAGGACACAGCGACGCACUCCUCAAGUGGCCUUUUAAUCAGAAGGUCACCCUAAUGCUGCUUGACCAGAACAACAGGGAGCACAUAAUCGACGCCUUCCGGCCCGACAUCUCCUCCUCGUCCUUCCAGAGGCCCGUCAGUGAUAUGAACAUCGCCAGCGGCUGUCCACUCUUCUGUUCGCUCUCCAAACUGGACUCUAAAAACUCCUACAUACGAGAUGACACCAUAUUCAUCAAGGCCAUCGUAGACCUCACUGGACUCUAGGCAAAAGAUGAGAGCAUAAAUGCAACCCCAGCCUUUUGUUGCUACUAACCUGUUCAAAUCAACAGGCUUUUGUACCACCAGUAACGCUGGGGUCCGUCGAGUUCUUUUCGGAUUAAUGGCUGCAAUAUGUGAGAACAGAGCAGGAAACGUAACUUCUUUUUGGCCACUGGUCACCGUGGCUGUGGGUUUUUCAAAACCUCCUUAACCAUAGUAACUGUUUAACCAAGUUUUUAUUCGACAAAAACAUUGAUUUCCUUCAGAGGUCACUGGAGGAGUUAAUACAAAACAGUAUACAUGCUAAUAUGUGGCUGGUGGCACAGAAGCAUUCCAAAACCUAGGUAGUAUAUUAUACUUGUGAAAUAACUAGAAAACUACGACACUGUCUCUAAUCAUUAGUGAUCAUCCUAUGGCUUCUUGUACCAUAGAUGAGGCUCACCAUCAUUUCUCACACAGAAAAAUUACCUGAUUUUUAUUUUUUAUUCUUUUUAAGGUUUAAACUUUAAGUUUUAAACUGAUUUCACAAGGAUUUUAUGUCCAUUAACAUUCUACAACAGAGUAUUAGGGCCACAUUGAAGAAAAGAAAAUUUGAAAUUAUGAGAAUAAAGUUGUAAUUUUGAGAAUAAAAUCAUAAUAUUUCAAGAAAAAAGUAAUUAUAUUAUAAUAAAGUGGUAAUUUUAGGUCACGUGUUGUUUUAGAGGGGAAAUAUCAGAAGCUUUAAAAUGAGGAACGUGGAGCAUCCUGUGAAGUUAUACUGCAGCUGAGGUUUCACUAACAAGGAGAUACUUCAUCUUUAGGCUCAUUAUCGUCAUCAUCAUCAUCAUCAGGACAUUUAAAACAUUGUGAAGAAAGAGUCUGUUCUAUAGUUAGACUCACAAACAGCAGCUGCCAGAAGCAGCGCAGGCUGACACUGACUGUCCUUUCACCCAGUUUAUUGGUUGAUGUAAUAUUCCUACAAAAGGUUUUCUCCCAAAAUUUAACAUUUUUAAUUCUCGUAAUAUUACAACUUUAUUCUCAUAAUAUUAUGACUUUUUCUCAAUGUGGCCCUUAUACUCCGUCGUAACAUUCAAAUGUUGCUAUGCUACAACUAAAUUCGGUCCUCCUGUGAGAAAAAAAUAGAUAUUACCACUAGUUGCUAUUUAAAGCCAAAAUAACUGGACUUUAACUAGUAGCUAGUUUUAUUACCACAUAUCGAGUGGCACACAACGCUUAGAGCUACAUCAUUAUUUUUUUAACUCCACAACAAGCUAAGGAUUACACAUUUGACAACUAUGGCAUUGAAAGUUUGACUAUGCCUGCCCAUGGCAUUCAGUGGGAGAAGAGAAAUAUAAAGUCCGACAUUAAAUUCAAUUCCAAAAUGAGCUUUUUUGUGGGGUUUUGGUCUCGACCAACUCCUGAGAAAAAUAUCUCUCUUUAGCUUGCUAGUUGCUAUGUUCACCAGCUAGUUGCUAACUUUGUCUGCUGUUCAGCACUGGGCGUGUGGUGUACAGUGGGUUUAUCAGAGCGUGAUGCCUGCUGAUACUAAGAGGUGAGACUGAAUCAAAACAGCAAAACUGUGGGUCGCACAAUCAAAACAGCUAAAAGUUGAUAAAAGGUAUCAGAUUAUAAUUAUCUCCAGGUAUGUCACCAGGAGUGACUCCCCAAAAAUUGCAAGUAGUUAUUUGGCCUAUUGUAUUGAUUGUUAAUCUAAGAAUAUCGAUAGUGCAGCUUUAAAGAAAACAUCUGUCAACUACAAAUUGCUUGUGAUGCAAAUUAUAUUUCUGUUAUCCAAUCUUCACCUGGGUUUUUCUAUUGUAUUUUUGUAUUUUUAUAGUUUGAAAUUUCAAACACCAAUACAUUUCCAAUUUUUUUUUUUUUUUUAAUUUAAAAACUGAAAAUACUGAGCCAUGAAAAUACUAGCUAUGUAGAUUAAACAGCCUACAAGAACAGCGAUAGAUCAAGCAGGUGGAGGCAUGUGCUGCCUGACAUUUGAUUAACUGAUUGUUUUUGUUAAUUGGAGUUCCAGUGUGACGCCAUGUAGCCUUCAGAGUAUCAGCUCAGCUUUGCACACGGUUUGUAGUGGAGUUGGAAUUUUUUUUUUUUUUUUUUUUUUUAACUUGUUUAUAGUUUCUUAACAUCUAUGCCUCCAACUCGAGUCCUGUGUUCAUUGGUAAUCAUUUGUGGUGGUGGACAUUGUUUGAAUUCCAUGAAUUCUGAGUGCAGUAUUUCAGCUGUCAAUGUUGGUGUGCGUGUGUGUGUGUGUGUGUGUGUGUGUGUGUGUGUGUGUGUGUGUGUGUGUGUGUGUGUGUGUGUGUGUGUGUGUGUGUGUGUGUGAGAGAGUGUGUGUACGUGUACAUUUCUUUGCUGUGAUUUGCAGUUUUAGUUUCAUGUUGGAUCUGUGGAUGAUGCACUGUAUCUUACAACAGUUUCUGGGUUGUUUGUCCAGGAAACCUGAACAGUGAUGGUGGUCAAGCUGAUUUUGCCCAAAUGGAAAUAUGACAUAUUUUAUUAUAAAUAAAAACAUGUAUUUGCAUACAAGUUCUAAUAAAUUCAAUAAAUAUCUUUUGAUAUUAAACUUUGGCUUUUUUCAAUAUUUGUUGUUUGCAUAUUUACAGCAUUUUGACCACCUUACCAAGGAUGUAUUCCCUUCUGUUUGUAGCAAUUUAUAAUAUUUAAUAACAUGCAUAUGUACAAAUAUUGAAAUGGCCAAAAGAAUAUUGAAUAUAAUAUAAUACUAUCUUUAUGCACACAUGUACCAACAUGAGAGGCAUAUCAAACAUAUGUCCAUUGGCAGUCUCUUCUCAAAAUAUUUUAGUUUUUAUCUACGUUGCCUAAAUGUAGUUCUCCAAACUUGUUUGUAAUGACCAAAAUACACACAUUUUUAUCCCCCAAAUGUAAUAAUAUUAUAAACGGUAAUAUGUGACGGUUCAGAAUUUGGUUCACCUUUAGACCCUGUGCCCUUAGACUCUUUUGUCUUUAUGUAGGAAAAAACAGUAACUGUAUGACUGUUAUCAUGCAUGAUGGGUUAUCUACAUCAAACCCUGAGAAUACCAUGUGGUAUAUUUGAAACUGGAUUCAUCAGAUGAGACAAAUCUCAAUUCACUGUAAGUGUUUAAUGGCUUGGUUUACUGGCAAUGAAUUGUGAACAAUGUUGAUGAAUGAAGGGCCACCUCUGACAUGGUGUCUGUUAUUCAGGUCCAUUACUUGUACAUCUUUGAGAUUGCUGCUUCAUAAUAGUCUCUGUUAUUUACCUCAUUUUCUCAACACUUCGUUGGAAACAUGGGGCACAGAGAUAUAUUCAUCAAUCUCCAAAGACUAGGCAAUCUACGGAAACCCAGAAAGGUCAAACUGGCAGAUUCUUGUUUUGUCUCGUUAUCUCGAGAUAACGGAGCUUUGUGUUCUCGAGGUAAAAGGAUAAUUAUUCCAUGAUCUCGACAUAACAAAGCUCCAUUAUCUCGAGGUAACGGGAUAAAAAAAAAGUAUUUGUAAGUAUGACCUUUCUCGGCUGUCCAGAAAUUUGCAAAAAUUCUCAGACUAAUAUAUUUUCUAUUCUUACUUUCAGGACUAGGAGGAAAAGCAUUUAAUGAACUUUCUUAACCCUGGAAAUCACUGCUCAAUCUCAGCCAUUAUUUAUUUUUUAUUAACUUAAAACACAGUUUUUGCAACAAAAAAAAAUAAUGUAAUUUUUUGACAGGCCUUGUGCCAAAGAGAGUUUAUGCUCUGUCAACAAAGCCUCACAGCCACAGGAAAAUUGCAGCUGAUUUGGUUAUAAUACUGACAGUAAUUUCUACAGUGAUAAAUCAAACUUUGAUAUUUGAGAUAUGUCCAAAUGUUGUAAUGCACAAUAGUGACAUUACAGAAAUGAUCAAUUUUCUCCACCUUUGACAUUUACAUAUGUUAAGUGUAGUUGAAAGAUAAAUUGAACAGUGGAAAAAUAAGAUAACUGCAAUGUAACAUCAUUGCUGGGUGCGUGUGCAAGGUGCACAAUACAUGCACAGUGUGACACUAUUGCAGGCAGCGUAACGAGUUGUAAUUGGAUGACUAGGUUAAGUCAAGCAGUAUUGACUUACGAUCACUUCACUGAUAAAUAUAAUGAGACUUGAUUUAGCUAUUGAUUCAAUUUGCAUUAUAUUUUUGCAUAUGAAAUGUAAGCAGCUUAGUCACUUAUAUUGUUUGACCAUAUACAUUAAGGCUGCACAUAGAAUGUUAUUUUCUAUAUAUGUCAUUUUUCAUUAUUUAAUAUCGCAGACAGCAACUGUCAGAAAAAACACGUCGUCAUAUUUUCAGCUGAGAUUUUGUAAAAACACUGACAUCACACUCUCUCAUACUCUGAGGCAGGAGUGUUUUAACUUUCAGUGCAGUUCAAUUAGGAUUGAUUCUGAGAUUCAAAUUUACAGUCUACAAGAGGAACAGACCAUGUGAUGUGGGUUUCCUUCCAGCAGAGGGCGCUGUAAACCUUCGCUCUCAGCUCGACCCAAAGCGCGCCCCGCUGACCCAUCAGUAAACCGAGCAGCCGGCAAUGUGAUUUUGUUGGUCAGACACCAAAGCAUCUGAGAAGGAAGUGUGUGGAAGUACCGUAGGUCCUACACUGUAGUAGCCUGCCACCCAAGAGAGGCAGCACAUGGAGCGAUGUCAGGUGUCAUGUGUAAUUUAAACUUCAUUCAAACUUGAUUUUAGGAAUAAAGUGACAGCACUAUUGUGACAUGCUUGAUAAAUACAGGCUCAGGCUCAGAGGCGGAACCAGAGGGGGUGGCCAGGGCUGGGAUAUGAAGGUGAUAGAUAGUUGGCUGGUUCGUAACGGAACCUCUGCUAAUGUUUCCUGUUUGAAAGUUAACAACAAAGAGAAGCACUGACCACGACGUGACACUGAACUACCACAAAGAGACGCUAAACAACUACAAAGAUGCACGAAAUGACUACAAACAGUGUGGUGGUGUUUGUAGUUGUUUUGUGUCUCUGAGGGCCUCGAAGGGCUUUAAAUCUGAGUUUAAACACACUUUCCCUUCUUUUAAUCUUGAUUCAUUUUACAAUUAAGCCUUUGUGAUCCAGUUUCUGUUGUGAUAUGUCAGAUCAUCUGUGUUUUUCUCUAUGAUCAUGAUCAAUGAAAUGCAUUUGGAGACUCCAAAAGAUGCCUUCUGAGUUAUUUCAUUACCUUAAUUAAAAUGUGUCAGCUGUGUGUGGAUAUGUAGCUUAGUCGGUCUGGAACUGAGAUGUGACGGCCUCCGGAUGGAAGCGCAGCUGAGGCACUCACAGAGGAAAUGGUUGAUGUUACUGUAAUAUUUGUUCCUUACAGCUUUGAACUGAGCUGCUUUCUACAGAAAAAGAAGUGCCUGUACCUUUUUUUUAAAAAAAAAGAAAAGAAAUGUUUUUCUUGAGCCCACUGAGUUGUGGAUGUGCUUCCCUGUGAGUUUAAACCUACCAGAAUGUGAAUGUUUUGAUUUUGUGCAGUGUGAUCUUAAUUUGUGUCUUUAUUUUUUCUACUUAUACUUAUAACCCCCUCCCCGCCAAUACUGGACCCUUGUGAUACAAUGUAAUUGACUAAGAAUGUUUCCAUUGUCGCUUUCCAUACAUAAAACUAAUGAAUGUUACAGCUUUACUUUGUUAAACCAUCACACAAGCUUUUGGCACCUUCACCCAAACACAUCCGGCAAGUGUUAAAACUCUCAACAUACUGAAACCUCCCUGUGCAUGAGACGUUUCAGUAGGAACUCAUAUUAUUUAUUUUAUUUCUUUGUGAUUUCAUGAUCAAUAUACAUGUGAGCAAGUGUGUGUGUGUGUGUGUGUGUGUGUGUGUGAGAGACAUGAAAUUGGUACAAAUGUUGACGGUGUACUCGAGCUUGACGGUGUGUGUGAGCUGCUGUGAGAAAGUUCUAACAUAUUUAACAUUUUAAUAAAUAUACAUAAUAUAUACACAGUAUUUAUUGAAGAGCAAAGUGACAUUGUAUGUUGAGACAGUUUAAAAGCACGUGUUGCUUUGUUUGGGAGAUUGUGACCAUCAGCGAGAAGGACAAGAAAACAUCUGCAGCCUGACCACAUCAGGUCGCAGCUUAUGUCGUUACUGCAGAAACAUGAAUCUUUUCCUGCACAUUACAUAGACUCCAUUUUGCAUGUAUGACCGUGGCCUCAAAUAAAUCAGCUGCUACAUUC